UUUCAACAUAAGAUGAGACUUUUAUUGUGACAAAUUGUAUUGGAGGAGACAUGACGAGAUACCAAAGUCUGAUAGCAGCUGCUCUGUUGCGAGCUUCUCGCCGUUUAACCUCACCGGCCGUUUCCUCCGUUAAGAGGACCUUCUCUUCUUCGUCCUUACUUCCACAGACAACAACAACCCUCGCCACUCUUCCUCGCUCUUCUCCCUUCUCAAAGUUUUAUUUUUUUUCAUCCUCCUCCUCCUCCUCCUCUUCUCCUCCUUCUGUUCCACCGCCGAAAGCGUCCCUUAAAAGUGGCCACGAAGAAGACACUUUUGAAUAUAAAACAACUGAGGAUGUGGAGGUCAUAGAUGAUUGGGAAGAAGAAGAGUAUGAAGUUGAAGCUAAGCUUGGCGAUGGAGGAGAUGGUGGUGGGGUUGUUCUUCGAGGUGUGCCAUGGGGUGAAAGUGUUCUCUCUAUUGCUUCCCAAGUUCUGAAGGAGUCUGAUAAAGAUCUGCAACUGUUUGCUUUCAGAACUUCUCCUCGUGGAUAUAUAUACAUCAGACUUGACAAACCCUCUCAUGAAUAUGGAUGUCCUAGCAUGGACGAGCUUGAGGAAUUUAGUCGAGAAUAUAAGAAGAGAUUAGAUGAUGCAGGGGAUGCAAAAGUAGUCCCAGAGGAUCUGGCCCUCGAGGUAUCAUCUCCAGGAGCAGAGAGACUGCUGAAAGUUCCAGAGGACUUGCACCGAUUCAAGGAGAUGCCUAUGACAGUAAGCUACAAGGAGGAAACAAACUCGAGGAAAACAGUGAAGAAGAGCACAGUGUUGCUCUUGGAGUCUGUAGAUGCAGAAUCAGAGAUAUGUAUUUGGAAACUAGCAGAUGUGAGGGAGAACAGAGAUCCCGAAAGCAAAGGCAGACCGUUGAGCCGGAAACAAAAGGACCUCAGAUUCAAACUGCCUUUCUCAGUUCACAGGAUGAUAACUCUCUACUUGGAUUAGAUGCUGAAUCAGAAAGUAGAGUUGCUAGAAAGGCAAGUUUUUUUGCCAGUUUUCUAUUUGAAGGAAAAACGAUGUUUAUUCUGAUGUUUCUUAUAUGGUCAUGCACGUUAGAGGAGAUCCAUGUAUUAUGGCAAACCAAAGAUAAAUUGCAGCACAAUGAAUAAUGAUGUAUGCAAUGAUGUUGCUUCAGAGCUUUA